GGCCUAUUGGAAGCACUAACAUCAUACUCUUGCUGCUCUGGAGCAGCAAAUUGCCAGGCUACUCAAGGCCAUGAUUCUACUGAUCGUGCUCGGACAUCUCGAUGCCUGCGUGUUCUGGUGCAUAGAGCGAUACCUACCGGCGGGCAGCCGGUGGAUCGACCAGAAAAACCUCGUCACCGACCCAGAAACGCUCGAGCCUGUGACGAUGGCCAGCCAGUACUUUGUGUCGAUCAUAGGCUCGCUGGAGUCGCUGGUUUUGGAUCUCCGCCAAGUCAGCGAGCCAAGGGAAUACGUCGCUGUCUUGUUUGAAUUCAUGUUUGGCAUCCUCGCCUAUGGAACGGUCUUUGGAACGAUCACGAACGUGUUGCAUAUGGCCGACAGCGCUGCCACCAUGGCACAGCAAGAGGAGCAGCACAAGUACGAGAUCAAGGGCAUGAAGGAAUACAUGUGGGACAAAGGAAUCAGACCGGAGCUACAGGAGAAGGUGCUUUCGUACAAAGAGCUCCAGUGGCGCCGCAUCCAAGGCUUGAACGAGUGUGACCUCUUUGCGGAUCUGCCAAAGAACCUCCAGCAGCAGAUCCAGGACUCGCUCUACUUGGAUCUCGUCAAGCAAGUGCCGCUCUUCCAAGAAAUGGAUCCGGCGAUCCUGAGCAUGAUUGCCUACUGCAUCACGCCUCUCGUGGUGAUGGACAAGUGGUUUGUAUAUGAAGCAGGCGAUGAAGCUGCAGAAAUGUACUUUAUCAAGGCUGGAAGCAUCGAGAUUCUCGCCGGAGACACGUGCAUUGGUCUCCUCGAGCCGGGCAACUUUUUCGGUGAAACGGCACUCUGGGGCGGAGAAGAGACUGGACGGAGCGCACGACGGAUAACUUCUGCGAGGGCUGUCAGCGGUGACGUCGAGCUCUGUGUGCUUGCCAACGAGGACUUUGAAAUCUUGCAAGAAAGCUUCCCCGAGCUGAAGAAGCGCAUUCAGGAUCUGAUCGACGUGCGCGACCGACGGGCGCAGGAGAAGCUGGAGGAAGACCGUCUCCGGGCCGAAUCGGAGCAGCUCAUGGCUUCACACUCGCCUCUCAAGCACCAGAAGACCAAGAAGCCCCGGCCGCUGACCGAUAUCCUCAAGCGCAUCAAUCCCGGCGGCAGCACCGACCAGCUGCACCAGAACAGCGGAGUCCACACCAGCUCGCCGGUAUCGCCCGUGUCCCACGACUUCCAGUCGAUCAUGCACCUGGGCAGUCCACUCGCCAGCGUCUCCGAGCCCCAGAGCGAUGCACAAACCAGCCACGGACACAACUCCCCUUCGCAGAGCGGCGGCACCAUCGCAGGACAGCCAGUAUCAUCGAUGCCACCAAUACCCUAUCCAGCCUAUGCCCAAACUUCGGCCGGGCGCGAGUCAAUCGCCAGCUCGUCAGCAAAGGAACGCGAGCUUGCUCUGUCGCGAGAGCAGCUGGCAUCGCGGGAGCAUCCGAUAGCACGAGAGAACACCGCAACAGGGCGAUCACUGCGGACAAGAACGCAAAGCCUCAUCGGCCCAAGGCAUGCCGGAGAUCGUUCCAAGUGAAUGUCGCAGGCGGCCAGUGCCCCACAGUAGAGCAUCGAACGCAACUGAGUGUGUAAUGAGCACCAGCGAUAGUUGAGCAUUCUGUCCGGCAACUGUCGCCCAUGGUGCUGGAGAAGCCUUUGGCAAUAUUGUAUCAAGUCAUUCAGUGUGCCAUUUAAGGCGCAGGAUCCAGGAAGUUGGUUUGAAUCGAGAGCCGAGCGCGCUAUCCCGAUGAGCCGAGUCGAAUAAAAUGUGUCUGGGCAAGCA